AUGAGAUCUUUGAGCGGUGUAGGACUUGCACUAAGCCUUGUUUUUGGUUGCCUUUUUCUAGCUCUUUUAGCUGAGCUCUACUACUUGUUAUGGUGGAACAAGAGAAUCACAAACAGAGAGAUUGAAGAUGAUUAUAGCAGCCCAACCAGAGAGUUUUUUUACAUGUUUUGCUGGAAAAGGCCUACUUCUUUAAGCUCCACGGCUCUGAACCCCCAAGAGCUGUCUUCCCGUGUCCAUGAGACAAACAAGGACUUCUGGCCAAAAGCCUUAGGAGAGGACGAUGAGCUGAGGCUGCAAAACCUCUCAGGCCCACCAAGAUUUCUCUUCACCAUCAAAGAAGAGACAAAGGAAGAUUUAGAAUCUGAAGAUUUGGAAAAGUCAAGAAGCAGAAGGAGCUUAAAUGACCUACUCCUCACUAUAGAAACACCAUUCUUAACCCCUCUUGCUUCCCACAAUACUUCACUCCUCCCCUUACUCCUGAUGAGGUCAUCUCCACCCCCGAAGUUCAAGUUUUUGAAGGAUGCUGAGGAAAAAUUACAGAGAAAACUCAAGGAAGAGGCUGAGAAUAGGGCUCAUAAGAUUGAUGGAUCAGUUGAAGAAGGAAAUGAAGCUGCUUCACCAUCAGUGACCCUCAGUGAUGACGCAAAAGGGUCUUUUAUCUCUAUCAUUGUUGCCAAGAACAAGUAG